AGAGGUGAGUCAUAAAUUCAGCACCACCUAUCUAGAGCUCAAGAGAAAACAUCGUGGGAUCCUGUAGAACAAGCUUAACAUAGAGUUCCCAUUUCUGCUCUGCUUCCUGGGCACUGACAUCCUAGCUUUUAAUCUCCUACCCCCAGAGUGAGUUCUGCAUUAAGGGUUGGAAAGUAGACACAUUUUCCUUUCUACUUUCCUGGAGUUGAGAGACCUGUAUCUGCGACCCUUGGGGGACCAAUUCCACGUGGAACCUGACUGGAUGACAUACACUCCGCCCAGCAGAUGAUAUGCAGGUAACUGAGAAUGAAGGAGAACAUUGUGCGAUGUUGUCAACAGGGCCUGAACCUUUAUCAACAGAGAUGAACCUUCAUCAACAACAAAGAGUCCAAACAGGAGAAGCCACCCAUAUAUGCAAGUGGUGUGGGAAAAGCUGCAGAAGCAGCUCGGCCCUUAUUGAGCAUGAAAGAUGUCACACGGGAGAGAAGCCCUAUAAAUGUGAUGUGUGUGAAAGAAGCUUCAGUCGUAAGUUCAACCUUGCCACGCACCGAGCAACCCACACCAAAGAGAAGCCCUAUAAAUGUGAGGUGUGUGAAAAAAGCUUCAUAUCCAAGUCAAAACUUGCUAUGCACCAAGUAACCCACGCUAAAGAGAAGCCUUACAAAUGCUCAGAAUGUGGGCAGGGCUUCGGUUACAAGAGCAGCUGGAGAACCCACCAGAGAACCCACACAGAGAAGAAGCGAUACGAAUGCUCCGAAUGUGGCAAGACGUACACUACACAAGGCUACCUUAAGGUUCAUCAAAGAACCCACACAAAAGAAGAGCCAUAUAAAUGCUCAGAAUGUGAACAGAGCUUCAAAUUUAACACACAGCUUUUCAGACACCAGAUAACCCACAAAGGAGAUAAACCAUACAAGUGCUCAGAGUGUGGUAAGGGUUUUUAUUGUCAAUAUUACCUUAAUAGACACACAACAGUCCACACCAAAGAGAAGCCUCAUCAAUGCUCAAAAUGUGAGCAGGGCUUCCAGUUCCGCACGCAGCUCAUCACACAUCAGAGAACCCAUGAAGUGGAGAAAACAUACAAAUGCUCAAAGUGCCACAAGGAUUUUACUUCUCCAUUUGAAUUCAUUAAACAUAACAAGAUGCACAUUGAAGAAGGACCUCCUCAUAGAGGAGGGGAGCCAGAUUUUGGCCUGAGCCAUGCUUCAGAACCAAGUCUUGUUGAACAUAAUGAAACCCAGCCAGAAAAGAAACAUUUUGUAUGUUCCAAGUGUCACAGCACAUUUGGGUGCAGCGGAAGCCUUGGGUUACAUCAACUGAAGCAUAAACAGGAGACAUCGUAGAGCUCCUCAGGCUGCAGCAAGACUCCUUUUUAAAUAUCCAGUUAAUCAGCACAAGAGAAUUCCCACCAAAUAGCCCACAAGUGUGGGGGAAAGAUUUUAUGAUAGUGCACUCAUUUCACGUCAGUUUAUUCGGCACAAGACAGCAAUAGAGAGGCAGAGAGAUGUUUCAAAUACUUGUUUCUCUCUUCUUCUACUUCAGUUUAUUACUCCAAUCACUGGUACUUCUUUUUAAAUGCAUGUUUUAUUUGGCACCUGCUUCUAUAAGUAUUUUAAUGUGUUUGC